CUUCCGCUGUGGGCGGAAGUUAACAAAAGCAGAGAGCGAGGUAUGGGCAGCUAGUAAACAGAACAGCGUGCUUCACACGCGUGCUGGGUAUUAUAGCAGUACGCGAUUCGUGUCUCCUCUGCUGCUGUGGAACCACUGCUUCCAGAAUGUCCUGCUUGUUGUAAUUCCAAAAAAAGCUGGAGAUACAAGAUGCCUAUGCGCUAGGUAAUCAAGACCUGUGUAGCUGCUGCCACCUUGUGUCCUGGGACCAGUAACUGCAACUCAUUUAGCUGAUCAUUGCUUUCAAGUAUGACUUCCAACAGCAAUACAUCCUCUCACCUACAACACCUCAGUCAAGAAGCUGUGGGAUUGUCUGAAAAUGAUGAGACUGAUGAGGAAGAGGAGGAACAACUGGUGUUAGUCGAGUUAACCGGUAUCAUCGAUUCAGACAUUCUUCAAAAAUGUGACAAUAAAUGUAAAAUUUUGGGGAUAAACACAGAAAGGCCUUUCUUACAAGUUGAUAAAUAUGUGUUUGCCGGAGAAUAUGAAGAUGUGCUGGGUACCUGUGUGAUCUUUGAAGAAACACCAGACCAAGGUGAUGGUGACAAUGCAAAAGCACAGCUGAAGUACAAAUGCCAUACUGUAAAGAAAUUGAAUAUGACCAGAACAUUUUUGACAGAAAAGAAAGAAGGGGAUGAGGGUGGAGGAAAAAUAGAAUGGUUCCAUGUUAAAGAUGAAAGUUCUCCCAGCUGGCCUCAAAUGAUAUGCAGCUUUGCACAGGGAAUUGAAGACCAAGAUGAAUCUCAAAGUGAAGAAGAAAGCCAAGGACAGUUGGACAGACCAACUGAGGAGACUGUAGAGGCAGACCAGAGCUUUGAUUCUGAGGGCAAGAGGCGCUCUAAUUCUGAGAAAGGACCUUUUGACUCUGAGGGGAAGAGGUGCUCUGAUUCUGAGAAAGGACCUUCUGAUUCUGAGAGAGGACCUUCUGACUCUGAGGGGAAGAGGCGCUGUGAUUCUGAGAAAGGACCUUCUGACUUUGAGGGGAAAGGAUGUUCUGCAUCUGAGGGGGAGCAGCAUUUUAAUAAAUUAGACAAUGACACAGACAUGCCUUUAUCUACAGUGGAGCAUGACAGACAGUCAGCAAAGGAAGUUAGUUCAGCACAACCAGAAGACUAAAUCUGCCAGGAUGUGACUCCUUAAAAAGUGCAUGAGAUUAUAGUAAAUCACAAUGUGUAGUUUUUACUCCUUUUCCUCUUCCUACACAAAUCCCAUAAUAUUAUGUUCUAAUGUCUGCAAAACCUAAACAAGACAUACACAAAAAAGUUCUAUACUUUUUUUUUUUUUUUUUUUAGAUCAUUCAAGUUCACUUAAAAGUACAUUCUGAAAUUGCAGAUCCACCAAAAGAUGCAUUUUGCAGAACAUGUAGGAAAGUGGGAUAUAUAGUUGUAUUUAUAUAUCGGUCUGAUUCCCCUGUAGGCAGUUAUGUGCCUUUCUAGACUGAAUACAGCAAUGUUACCAUGAAGAUCUCGAUCUCAAAUUGAGAUCAAAGGCAACAUCUACUGUAUGUAGAAUCUGGAUUUCCACUUUAGGGUUUGUGUAGAGGAGCAUCAUGAACACCCCUUUUCCAUUACGGAGCACGGGUCACAGCCGGGAGCCUGACACGGGUGCUACCCGGCUGCGGCCCGUGCUCAGCCCCCUUUCCUACUGCGCUCACCAACCCGGCAUAUUGCCUGGUUGGUGACGUGGCAGGGGUGUCGCUGGAAGAUCACAUGAUCUCCCAGCACCGCCCUUCCAUACAGUGUAAACUGGAGCCGUGUCGCAUCGACGCGGCCUCCGUUUACACUACAACCCUACCCGGAUCAUUCCCGUGUCCUACCCGGGUAGGAUUCAUGGGUCACUUGAUCCGGGUUUUUGUGGGUGGACCCUUUUCCACUUGCAAAAAACACGGGUAAAUGCGCGCCCCUGUGCAUUUACCCGUGUUUUUUGAGCUAGUGGAAAAGGGGUAUUAGAUGCACUAAUCCUGAGUUCUGUGAAGCACUGCUACUGAACGGUUUUGGUAAUGGGCAAAAGCUGUUUAGUCUUCUAUGUACAUAAUAUUUGACUGGCCACAGCACUGUUUUUGUGAGCACUAAGAAGGCAUAUAUAAAAUGGAUUGUAUACUAUUGUGCAAAUUGUUUAUAAUUUUGUAGUAUGAUAAUUAAAUGGUGUAUAACCGUG